GCACUGGCGGCUUGGGUCUGCUCAUCACAGGCAACGUGCAAGUGGACAGGCGCUAUAUGGAGCGGCCGGGCAACGUGGCGAUCGAUGGCCCGCAGGACGAGGCCCAGCUGGAAAGGCUACGAAGCUGGGCUUCCUUUGCGACGGUGGCGGGCAACCAUUGCUGGGUGCAGCUGUCACAUGCAGGGCGGCAGUGCUGUGUGAAAGUGAAGAAG